ACUCCACGUAUCCCCCUCCAUUCCCAACCAGACUAGCCCACCAGUCCACCACCAGUCCACCACCGCCCCCUCGCGCACGCGCACCUCUCGUCCUCUCCGAUGCGCGCCUUCGAGCCGACUCCGCCGCCGCCGCUGCACCAGCCCCAGCCCCAGCCGAGGUAGCCAUGUACACGGUGCGCCCGCACGCGGCGGCGACGGUCACCCUUAACUGCACGGAAGCACCGCUCGACUGCCUCCCCCUCUGCCCCGGCGGCGGGGACGCCUGCUUCGAAUACGUCCUGCCCCCACCACCCCCGAUCCCGGUGAUCCCGCGCGCGCCGGUCGCCGACCGCCACGCGCCCGUCCGCCUCAUCCUCGUUAUCUCCCUGCUCUCUAUCUUCCUCUCCCUCUCGCUCGGGCUCUCCACGCUCCUCCUCUACCGCCGCCGCCGCCGCCUCAUCCUGCGACGACGCCGAAGCCUCGCCGCGGCCACCGCCGAAGGGCCCGACGACGAGGAGGAGGGCGGGGGCGGUGGAGGGGUGGUGCACCACGUGUGGUACAUCCGGACGGUGGGGCUCGACGAGGCCACCAUCGCGUCCAUAGCCGCUGUGGAGUACCGCCGCGGGGUGGGCCGGAGCGGGGACUGCGCGGUGUGCCUCGGCGAGUUCAGCGACGGGGAGCUGGUGCGCCUCCUCCCGCGCUGCGCUCACCCGUUCCACGCGCCCUGCAUCGACACCUGGCUCCGCGCCCACGUCAACUGCCCGAUCUGCCGUUCCCCCGUCGUCGUCAUUCCCUCCGAUCUACCCGUCGAUGCCGCGGAGGCUGAGGCAGGCGGUGCCCAAUUGGGAGAACACUACGUUCACGAGGAAAUGUCGCUGUCUCAAUCUGAAUCGGAGACUGAGGGCUCGGAGGACUCUGAGGCGUCGUCAGCCUCAGCCACUCAAAGUGAAGGCACGUCUACAGCGGAGGAGAAUGGAAGGGACACGCCCAAGCCAAUUAGGCGCUCGGCUUCCAUGGAUUCUCCGUUGUUUGCCGUAGCUCUUCCUGAAGCAAAUGAUGAUGUGGUGCGGUAUAAUUGCAAGUUGCCAAAUCCCCGAGAGAUGAAGGUCUUCAGGGCGAAGGAGAAGGAGGCCGCAGGCAUUUCUUCGUCCUCGUGUCAGUCAGGCCGGUUCAAGAUUGGCAGGUCCAUGUCAAGCAGUGGCCAAGGGUUUUUCUUCUCACGGAAUGGCCGCUCCAGUGGUGCUGUGCUGCCACUGUGAGUUGGUAUGUUUUUACUGUCAAUUGGUUGCAGCCUCAGCAAAGCCGGGAGCUGGUAGUGUGUCAGAGUUUGUUGAUAGAAAACGCAGAGAGCUGAAGUUGCUCUCCGAGAAAAUCUUCAUUUAGGUGUGAGUUAUUCAUGAGAGCAAUUGUUGUCGCUAAGGAUUGCUGGAGUGAUACGGUUGUGUAAGCUUCGAAGUUCCAAGUAUGAUAACUAGCUUGGCCUGAGUCAAUUCGGGUGAA